AUGGCACCAUCAAAAUCUGGACCACCUGUCGCUCCCUAUGCGAAAGAUGAGAAAGUUCUUUGCUUUCAUCAUGAUUUGUUGUAUGAAGCCAAGGUUUUAGACACGAGACCGACAGAAGAUGGCUCCAGCUGGCAAUGCAAGAUUCAUUAUAAGGGACAAUCCCCUCCAAAGCCAUCACGAUCCCUUCGACCUCGUAUUCGUACUUUGAGAGAAUCGCAUGGCAAUUCGCCCAAAUCAAGAAACCAAGCAGAAUCUAACCAUGAUAACCAAAAUAGUUGGGAUGAUUGGGUACCUCAAGAUCGAGUAAUGAAGUUUAAUGACGAUAAUAAAGAACUUGCUGCUCAACUUCAUCAAGAGAUGAAGAAGAUGAGCCAGAAGCCAAAGUCCGCAACUUCAGCCGGUGGUAAGAAAAUUGGUGGACGAACGAAUGGAUCGGAUUUUGGUUCGGGUCGUGGUAGUGAAGAAAGACAUGCGAGUGUAGCAGCUCAAGGGGGUGGAAGAGCUGGUCCAAGAAGAAAUCGUGAUUAUGAUCUGGAACAAAUGGGUCCUCCUAUUGUACCAGCUGUUAAAGCUCGUGCGAAACGUCUUGCGAAGAAUAUUGGCAUUUCAGCUUCUCAAAAUAAGAUCCAGAAACCGCAAGUGACCAAUGUAAAAGAGAAGACCAAGGCAAAGACCAAGGUCAAGGCAGUCGCAAAGGCAGUCGUAAAGGCAGUCAAUAAUUUGGCUGCACCACCAGUUAAUGUACGGAGAAGUGCAAGAGAGAAAUGCCCAGCACAACCAUAUGAUCGCUCGAUCAUUGAUUCUGGCAACUUAACGGUUACCAAACCAAAGCCAAUAAUGAAUGGAAAGAACCCAGAUUGGGCCAAUCCUAAGAGCGAGCAUUGGAAUGUUGAUAAAUUUCUCAAAAACGACUCCAUGGUCCCCAAAACAAAUCUGGAUGCAAGACCACCCAAGGAUUUUCAAUUCAUUUCCAACAACUCAAUUCGAAAUCCUGAUACAUAUCGACCGGAUAAAUCUAACUACGUCUACAAACCAAAAGAGAAAGCGGCUCCAGUUCAUCCUAAACUUCAAGCUCACAUCAAAAAGGGUACCGACACCAAACCUUUGCGCCAAUGGUAUGCAGAUUACGAGCCUGGACAAAUCAAUCCUAUCGCUGGUCGAUUAUUUGACGAUAAUCAAUUACCUCCCCCACAACUAAAGCGAAAGAGACUUUUCCCUUUAUCAUACAGUGAAGAGCGCAUAGAAGAGGUCAUGAAGCCUCCCCCAAAGAAGCCCAGGCUCAUCCUUAACAAUGGGUCGGAUAAAUCUGCCCUGAAGAAAAUUGCUGGAAAGGCCGUCUCAAGGACCGCUCAAAAGGCUUCUCCAAAAAACAAUGGCACAGCCGCUAGCACAGAGAUUGAGAAGAAAGUGAAAUUUGAAAAGGAAACCAAGAGUACCUCUGAAGUCAGAGGAGAACGUCUUAUCAAAACCACCAAGAAGAUGUUACCACGCAUUUUGAAUUCAAACACCGUCAUGGAAAGACGUGAUUUUAACUAUUUACAGGAAGAAAACUUUCAUAAUCGACCAUCCAUCAACCUUGUCAUCCCCGAUCAUAUCAAAGCAAUUCUUGUUGAUGACUGGGAGAAUGUCACUAAGAAUCAGCAACUUGUACCAUUACCCCACCAUAAAUCUGUCGAUCAAAUCUUGAAUGAUUGGCUUGAAUUUGAAAAACCAAAGAGACCCAUCGGAAGUGCCCAGGCGGAUAUCCUGGAAGAGAUUGUCGCUGGUUUGAAGGAGUAUUUCGAGAGAUGCCUACCUCGCAUUCUUCUGUACAGAUUUGAACGUCAACAGCACAUGGAUUUCCGUGACUUAUGGGAUGAUGAUUCAUAUCCACACAGCUCUGCGUGUGAUACCUAUGGUGCUGAGCACUUAUGCCGUCUUUUGGUCACUCUGCCUGAACUCAUUGCUCAAACCAAUAUGGAUUUACAAUCUGUUAAUCGUCUUCGAGAGGAACUUAGCAAAUUGACCAACUGGAUCGGCAAGAAUGCUAAAGAUUACUUUGUCACUGAAUACGAGACACCUGGCGCAGAAUAUGUUGACAAGGCUCGAAACCCCAAUUAG